AUGAGCACGAUGAGCCCGUUAGGAUCUGCGACUGCAUUGGAGGCAGCUCGGACUCUGGCUGAAACUGCGAAAGCUCAGGCAGAGGCAGCAGAAGCUGAAGCUGCUAUAGCUCUAAUGGAGGCAGCGCGAGCUCAGGCGGAGAGUGCGCGCGUUCGAGCUGCGGCGUCCCAAACCCUUGCACAGUGGUCGAGAACUCAAGCGACGACUGCCCAGGCGCUCGCGGACAAGCUGGCGGGCUAA